AUGAAGACCUUCGCCAUCCCCAUUCUGAUUGCCACGGCCUCCAGCUUCGCUGUCGCUUCAUCCCUCUGUCCUGAGAAUAACACCCCUAAGUGCUGCACUGUCGAUGCCUCGGGCCUAUUUCCUUCGGACUGUGUAGGGCUCUGUAUAGUUAGCACCACCCCAACAAGCACUGCCGAGUUCAACUCCGUUUGUAAAGCAGAGCAGAAGAAGGCUCGGUGUUGUUCCAAUGCUAUGCUUUCUUGGGAGGAUAUCUGUAGUCCGGUGAAUGAUGCUUAA